UGGCAACCUGUCCAGGGUGUAUCCUGCCUUUGCCCGAAGACUGCUGGGAUAGGCUCCAGCACCCCCCAAACCCCCCCACCUGCGACCCUGAUGGAGAAGCGGCUUAGAGUAUGGAAGGAUGGAUGUUUUCAAGGCAAAAUUUGAGCCAUACCCAAUUCACUAAGCAUAUAGUCUAUCACUGCGAGUGUUACUUGGAAAAAUUAGGGGUCAGUCAUUUUCAGGCACUGACAGAGGAUGUCGUAUGUGGCCUGUAAAGUCUUUGGGGUCUGAAUAUGUGAUUUCCUCUUUCUCCCACAAGCUGCUUCCUAUGAAACAACUUUGUCACCAUCAUGGCAACAGAACUCUGCAAUAGGUGACUAGUACAACCACUGUCCCUCUACACAUUUUGCUCUGUCUCACAGUUCUUUAUAGUCCCAGUUUGGCAGUAUCUCUUCAGGUGAACCACUGGGGCCAUGAACACAAAAGUCAAGUUUCCCUGCAGUUUGAUUUCUGUCAUAUUCAUGUGGUGAAUGUGUGCAUGAGGACCUUUCUGAGUCAUUUGCCCCCGCAGUGCCUGUGUGCACUUUUUGUCUGUGCUACUUUAAACAGCGCUUGCAUGUUGUUGUCUGUAUGUGUGAAUGUGUCAGACGUUGAGUCUGUCUGCACGAUAACCAGCAGGAGGAUGAAAGGUCACCAAAGGUUCACAGCUGUAUGUGUAUAUGCAAUGACCGUUUUUGCUCUCCUUCUGAAUCAGAUUUAGGGUAAAGUUUUGAGAAACUGUAUGACAAAGCAGUAGAUCCUCACAAUCACAGUAAAGUCCAUAACCAUUUACCAUGCAACUUAGUAGGCUGGCAUAUCAGCACAUAGGAGGGUCCUGAAGCAUGAGCAUGUGCACCUGGUGCUCACUUCCUCUCCUUACCCAACCUUUUACCGACAGUCUGAACUGUAUGUUCUUGGAGACAGAAAGAAUAGCACUGCAGCUGACUUGGUUACACCUAAGGAACAGGAUGAACAUCACAGCCGUGGUUUUGCCUCUUCUUGCGGUUUUACACUGUGUGUCCGCAGGAGUCAGAGUGAAAGCACCACUAGGAGGAAAUGCUUCUAUCCACUGUCCGUAUGACAGAGGAAGUGAGGGGUACCCAAAAUACUUCAGCAAAGGCAAAAAAAAGGUUGAGAUGGAGAAGGUGAAGUCCACAACAUGGUCCAUGGAAGGUAGAUUCAGUCUAGAGGACAACAGAGAAAAGAGGGAGUUCAUCGUGACCAUCAGGAACCUCAGUGUAGACGAUGCUGGUCUGUACUGGUGUGGAGUGGACGACUGGGGGCGAGACACGCUCACCGAGGUCAACCUGGAUGUAGUGUCACAUAGUGAGUCCAGCACAGAAUCCUCAGCAUCAAUGUCAACAGGACAAACCAAGCUACCACAGAACAUCGAGGUGUCUCUCACAAAUCAAUCUGCUUAUCUCGGAGGAUCCCUGGCUGUAGUUGUGUUGUUGUGUGGAAUCAUAAGUGCCAUCUUUGUUAUGCUUAAGAGGAAAAAUGCAAAAAGAGCAAAAGACCCUACGCUACCAGGGAUAAGCAGUGAAUCCAACAGGGAGAGUUUCUUCUAUGAGAACAUUUUCCCAACAAAUGCCAGCUCUUCAGCCGCCAACCCCAGGCCGCCUUCAGUCCUGUAUGAUAUUCCAGACCCCAGUCAACCCCUUCCCAUUCAUCAACCUCACUCAAUCCGGAGACCCUCUGCAAAAGGCCAAGUUGCACAUCGUGAGUCUGGGGUGUAUUACCUACUUAGCCCACCGCAAACCCCUCCAGAUGAUGCAACACUUCUUACUUCAGCAGAAACAGCUUCCCUUCAUUACACCCCUGCCAACUUUGUGCCAAGAUCACAUGCAGUUAUUUACAGUUCUGCCUUCAGCGGGACGUCACGUGACAUCUACACCACCGUCCUGCAGCGCAAAGACAGUGAUAGGAUGACAUCAGUGAGCAAGAGUGAGACAGCUUCCGAUGAAACUAGGCCUCUGUGACUCUGGUUUCGGUGACCUUGUCUUUAAGUUCAAGAAAAGGCGGGUUUGUGAAGAAACUAUUCAAACUUGCACCGACGACAGUAUUGGUCACAAAAUAUGCCUGAAACUGAAAUCACAAACAGCAAAACCAUGGGUUUCUUGGGCUCUAAGUGGAAAUGGAGGCUAACCCCAGGAGGAAAAGGGCUGGCUGUUGUAUAACCCAGUACGUUUCAGAGGUUAUCCACAUUUACCAACUGAACCAACCUUUACAGUUUCACACAGGCUUCUGUCACUCCACUCUUAGGGGAACAGAAACUUCAGACAGUAGUUGUAGGCCUGCAGUAGGUCUGAAACGUAGCUUCUCAAAAUGGAAACAUUUGAAGAAGAAGGCAAAAACCUUCUUUACCUUUAAUAAGUCAGUGUAAAGAGAUUUAAUUAGAAAUAGUUUUGUAGCAUUUUUAUUAUUCAUUACAAUGUGAAGAGAAUUGGUGUGGCCUUCACCCGUCCCCUGGGACCGAAAGAACUCUGAGCCCAGAUUAAACCCUGCAAAGAUAAUCAGGGGGGAUGAAAUAAGCAAGGGUGUAGGGAACGAUGCCCAAGUCCUGGGCACUGCCUCCAAUCUCUGGUUUGUCCACCAGCACUGGUGCUUUUCAGUGUGGUGUGUUGAGACUCAAAUUUUAAGCUGUUGUUUAGUUUUUGGUUUGUAUCACAGCUUUAAUUAUUUAUGUCUGUGGUUUCUUUACUAUGUUUGAAUGUGUACAUGCCUACUAGUUUCCUGGGCUCUCAGAUUCCUUCAUCCUCCCUCACUUCAUUAAGUGCCAAAGCCAGCCAGUCCACAGCCCAUAUGUGGAAUCUAAACUGCUAAAACAGCUUGUUUUGAACUCACUGUUUUUGUGAUGUUGUGAAAACCCACAUUUUUACCUACAUCCAUCUGUGCAGCCCCAGCAGUUUACCACUGCACAUAAUUUAUGCUGAAAUUAUAAGGAGCGUUUCAGUCCAGACUCGGUGGCCAGUCAGAGCAGAGGACAUUUACAUAUCGCUGUUGUUGGAAGAAAACCUUGUAUCUCCUAAAUUGGAACUUUACAGGAGAAAGAAAAAACUUACUGUAGUUUUAAUGCAAGUCAAUGGAACCAGACAUCUUU